AUGAAAGGGAAGAGUCUUGUGGGUUACCUGAUAACCUACGUGGACGACUUCUUGGUCCUGAGCGACGAAGCCACCGCAAAAGGGCUUCAUGAGUGGAUCACCACUGAAGGCGGGUGGGAAACUGAUGGGUUGAGCGAGGCCAAGCCAGGAGCACCAAUCCGGUUUCUGGGAAUGCAGCUGAGCAAGCAUGAAGAUGGCCACUACAGCCUAGAUCAAGAGGCUUAUGUGGAUGAGCUGAUUCGAUCCCAUGAGCUUCCAGAGGGGACGAGGUCGAGGUUGGUUUGCCCAAAGGAGUAUUUGGCAGGCGAUGAUCAUGAGAUCCUACCGUUUGAUGAGCCAACUGUCAGGCUGGCACAACGGAUUGCCGGCGAGUGUCUAUGGCUGUCGCAACGGACUCGGAUUGACAUCGCCUACACGACCGGUAUACUAUGCUCUAAGGUAGCAGGUGACCCUCACGCUGCAAUUGCCAUUGGGCAACGUUUGCUGGCAUACUUAGCGCAGACUAAGGGGUAUAGGCUGCACCUGCGCCCAGACGGUGAGGCGCCUCCCAUUCGGGUUUACACUGACGCCUCCUUUAGUCCGCAAGGCCAGCACUCUUUCGGGGGACACGUGGUUGAGGUUUAUGGCGUUCCGGUGCUUUGGAAGGCAUCAAAGCAGUCGUUGAUAGCCUUGAGUUCCUCGGAGGCGGAAUUGAUUCAGGCGGUGGAAGGAUGCACUUAUGCCGAAUCGCUUCUGACUGUGUUGUCUGACCUUGGAAUCCCAGCCACGACAGUGGAACUCAACCUAGACAAUACGGCGUCUAUCUCCUUCAUCGGGGGAGCUGGCAAUCAAAGGACUCGUCACUUGAAAGUGAGAGGGCAUAAGAUCCGCCAGCUGCUAAAGCAAGGUUGGACCGUGAGACACUGUCGCGGGGAGUACCAGAAGGCAGAUAUCCUUACGAAGCCGUUGUCUUCCCAGAGGACAAAGUUUCUGUGUGAUCUUUUGCAUUUUGGAGAGUAUCCCACCAAGGAUCAAGCAGAGGGUGCAGCUGUGAAACGGGUGGCUGCCCAGACAAGUCCCUGCCUUUCGGGAUUGCUUGUGCUGCUUCAAGUCUGUUUGUGCAAGGGCAGCUCGGAGGUUUCCGAUCAUGAAGCAGGGGUGUCCAUAGAGUGGCCCUGGGAGCUUGCGGUAGCCACAUUGUUGGUGGUGCUAUCGACAUUGUUCAUUUGGGAAGCCAGCGGGGCUCCAUAUCGACGACGGGAGCCUGCGGCCCAGGUGUGUGCAGUGUCUACAGAGCAGAGCUCCAGGCGGUCCCGAAGACUCCAGGAGAAGGUUGCAGCGGCUAUAAGCAGCGAAGUGAGUAGCCCAACUGGGGAUGACGAGGUUCAUCCCAAGCAGAGCGGGAGGUACAAGUGCGCGGCUCAACCGUUGACACCGCUCCCUGGGACAAGUGCCGGUCCUACGGUGGUGUAUGGUGGCAUCAGCAUGCAUAUGCACAGCGCGCACCCUCCAGAGGAGCAGACUGCCUCUGCUUUCCUGUCGGGUCGCAUACCCUGCAACUUCAACCGCCACUAUGCCUUCUCAGCCUUCCGGAUCUGUUGGACAUUCGGGGUUCACUGGUGA